GAAUUCCUGUUUGGCAAAUGUCAAAUUGUUGAUUUUAUGAAAGCCUAGUCAUAAGUCGCAAUUGCAGAAAUAAAGAAAUAACGCGAAGGGGAAAUAGAAUUUUAAAAUCUAAUUUUGGUUAAAUAAAUUGGUAAAACAUUUCAACACACACAAGCAUCAUGUAUCAAGAAUACUUGAAUCAGAUGCAAUCAUCGAUAGCACCACUUUCGUCAGACGAACUCAAGGAUUUGCUCAACGAUGACGAAAAGCUGGAGGAAAAAGUGAGCGAAGUUCUAGAAAACCUUAAAUCUCAAAAGGACAACCUACUCCUCGAAAAUCGCUCAAAGGCCGAGAGUAAUAUUGAAAAAGAACCAUCAAUCAUAGAAUUGCGUGGCAAAGUUAAUGAACUGCUCGAGGAGGCCAAACAGUGUUGUCAGGCCGUGCAGGAUAAAUUAGCAGAAGUGAAAGAGAAGUCGGGCAAUGUGAAUCAAGAGACAGCAUUGGCAUUAAUACAAACAGCUGCCGCAGAAAGCGAGGAAGCAACUGAUGCCUUGAUAAAGCAAUUCACAGACAAUGAAAUUGGAGUGGAAGCAUUCCUAGACGAAUUUCUAGCAACACGCAAAACAAUGCACCUACGCAAGCUCAAAGCGGAGAAAAUGCAAGAGCUUAUGCGGAGACAAACACCAGCUGCGCAACGUGGUAGCAUGGGUGGCGCAAUGCCUGCCUAUGGCAAUUUAUUACCAAACAGUGGCUUUUAUCCAACUCCAGGUGGAGCUGGUGUGCCAUACCCAUUGGGGCCCAUGAUGCCAAUGCCACCGCCACGCCCAUAUUAGCUGCAAAACGCCAGUUAGCAUAUACUGCCUUUGAACAAUAGAGCUGGUGGGCAUUGAUCAAUUUUUUAAACAAUGGACAGGACAAAAAUUAUAGUAGAUGUUCAUAUAACAGCGAUAUAUUUUAAACAUAAAAAUAAAUACCCUUAUUUAUAAAGUAUUCUAGUAUUGUUGAAAUGUUACGAAGUGAUAAAGAGUACGAUUUUCACAAGUACAUUCGUUUGUAGAUAAUUUCCUGCUUUGGGAUUAAUAAAAAAAAAAAACAUUAUUUACAACUA